UUAACCCUGCCAUUUGGCUCACAGACACAUAAACCGAGCAACACUUGUCUUUCCCCGGCAUUCAUCCAUCUCUACUCUGACCAGUCAUGAAUAUGAACUGGCUUUGCAUCACAUCAGUGCUGUCAGUUACUUUAGUCAUCUUUGGUCAAGAUAUUGACACAAGCCACAUCACAGUUUUCCCAGAAGGGAACCAGAGUAUUGCUGGAGUAUUCCAGGUUAGCUUUUUAAAUCACCUCAACCAGCCUCGGUAUGCCUUCAAUGCCUCUGAAGCUCGGAGGAUCUGCUUGUCCCUCGGAGUGAACAUUGCUUCAAAAGCACAAGUGCAGGAAGCACUCUCUAGAGGUUUGGAAACAUGCAGGUUUGGAUGGAUCGAUGAACAUUUUGCAGUCAUUCCCCGCAUCAAGGGACUUUCUAAUUGUGGCAAAAGCCAGACAGGCUUGGUGACAUGGCGAGCCUCUGUAACACAAAAGUUUGAUGUGUUUUGCUUCAAUGAAUCAGAUGCAGCAGCACAAUUGAAGGAUACAACAACUGACAGCUCUUUGAGCAGCAGGGAUCACUCCACCCAGACAACACACUCUACGUCUUCCUCCUCCCUUCUUCCUUCUUCCUCCUCAGCUGCUAAAACCAUAGACACUGAGGCAGAACCUGCCCACUACAUCGGCAGUGCACAAGGCUCUGCUGGAGGAAAGGCUAUACUCAUCACCUCAACCUGUACCCUUCUCCUUACUGCAAUAAUCAUCUUUGUAUAUCUAAAAUUGAGAAGGAGUUGCUCUCAGAGCUCCGACAUGAAGCAGCAGCAGGAGUACGUCGAGAAAGAAGACUGGUCGUGUAUGAAGAAUAUAAAGGAAACAAAGGAUGCUCAGGAAGAUGAGAGGAUAGAAGUGGAUGACAGUGCAAGUUAAAUAUUCUUCCGCUGAGGUAUACUGAAGAAACACACCAUGGACAACUACUGAGUAACAUUCUUUUUAAGCACAAAGAUGUGUCCCUUGAUUUGUGUGAAAGUAGUUUGCAUUUUAUACUGUAUGUGUUUAUUAUUUUUAGUCAACUGAUGUUAUUCAAUGGUGCAGUUUAGCCACUAGAUGGCAAUGUAUGCAAUACAAUGAAGACUGAAGACUUUUUAUUAUUUUAACACACUGUUAGCUGCUUCGGACAGUCAACAUACAUGUAAAAGAAACGUUUCUACAACAAUUGCAAGCAGUUUUUUAAAAAGAGUAUAUCAUUAGAAGCUUAGAUAUCUUCAAUACAUCACUUUCUUUCCACAAAAGUCACUGAAAGCACUUUAAAACAAGGUAUUUAUGGGAGAGACAGAGGAAACGUCCCAGACAUCAUCCAUCUCUGUUAUCAGAGCUGUCUGAACUAACAUCGUGUAAAGCUCUCAACAAGUGUUCUUAUGUCCGAUGUACAGUGUAUACAGUACCUGAAAAACUUCAGACAGUUUCUAUGACAAACCCCCAUCACAAAAUGGUGUGGAAGGUACAAUUGUUUAUACAUAGUGGGUUUGUGUAACGAAACGCGUGUGAAUUUACUGCACAAUUCCAGCCCUCCACAGCUUUUGUCUAAACCUUUGAGAACCAAAGUGCUAUCAGUCAUCCAUUCAUCCAAGGCAUGCGUCUUCACUUUACCUAACUCUGUUGUUAUCAAAAUGUGACCAGCUAAGCAUUUCUCUUCAAUUGACAGGAUACUGUUUGUUUUUUUUUAAUCAUCACUCAUUCAAUGGCACUUUUCCAAAUAAAGGUAAAUAGUGAUUACUGAGAGCUCAGCAUGCUUGGAUUCU